CUGACAGCCUAUUACAACAUAGAAUCCUGAGCAAUGUGGUUGAAACUUGUCAUUCUGUCUGCUUGAAGAAUCACACCCUUACAUUACAUGUGCCUGUCUGGGCUGAUCCAUUGACUUGUCUCAGCCCAUUAAGAAACUCCACUCCUUUCCACAUUAGCUAAGGCUCAGUCUCAGGACCUGCACUGACUUUCCCUGCUCAGGUUUUUGUGAUUUUUAUCUCUGAAUGUAUCUUUCUGUGUAACUUUUCAGAAUGGAAGAAGCUGAAUUAAUGAAAGAGAGGCUUCUGGCUAUAACUGUGAGUAUUUCUGUUUGUGCAACAAGGAAUAUAUUUAAUGCAUGUUUUAAAUGUUCCUUUCUAUACGCUGUUGUCUCACCUCCUUUAGUUGUGAUUACACUCUAGCAAGCAAGAGGCUGAUGUGAGAGCAACUUGCUAUAUAAAGUGUGUUCAAAGCUGAACUUACAAUAUGUAGAUUUCAAGGACAUUAGGUCAGUCCUUUGACUUACAAUCAGGACUGCAAAAGUAAAAAAUACUUGUUACAUUUUUCCAAUAAUUAGCUGGAAAGAGAUAUUUCAUGUUUAAAUUUUGUAGCAUUAAAUGUGUUUUUCCUUAUAUAUUUAUAAUCAAAUCAGAGAUUGUUAGAUAUAGUUUUAUAUAUAUUAUGUUGCAUUAUACUUGCAAGUGAUAUGAUUCCAUUAUGUGAUAUAUUUGCAAGUCCUGUUGAUUGUUUUUGCAUUAUAAGAAAACUGUCACCUGUGUUUUAGUUUGUUUGCUGCCAUUGGUAGAGUAUAGGAGUUUUUUUUCCCCCUCUGUAUUUAACACUUCUCACCCCUAAAGAACAUUAGCUUGCUGAAAUGCUUUACAUGUCAAAAUUGUGUCCUUCCUUUACAAAAAGUGCAGAAUUAAUGACUGUCAAUCAGACAACAGGUCCUGUUACUUCAUGUUUAGCUCAGUGGAGCUAAAGGCAGCAAUUGCCCAGAGCACCUGCCUUGCAAAGAAUUUUCAGUGAGCUGCAUUUGGGAGUCUGUGAUUGGAUAGCAACAGAAAGUUUGGAGGGAUUAGUAGGGGAGGGUUUAGCUGUUUUAGAGCUACUCCCCAUUUUUAAAAAUGCAUAAGUAAAUACAUGCACAGUUUCAUUAGGGGUAUGUAUACUAAACAGUGAUAUUUUGUAACAGGAAAAAAAUAUAUAUUUGGGCGGUGGAGUGUCUCAUUCCCGACACUCUAACUUAGCAUCAUGGUAUAGCAGUCUAAAAAGAAAAGGAUAGAAAAGCCCCAACCCAGUGCUAAAAGGCACUAUAAUUGAGGCUUAAUAAAAGAACAGGCACAUAGAAAUCUGUGAGCACCAAUCACAAUUUUACCCACUAGAUCACCAGAAGGGGUAUAGAUCCAUCUGGCUCCUUGAGACAUGUUAACCUACCUGCCAUUAUUAUUACUAUUUUAUUAUUUAUAUAGUGCCAGCAAAAUUCCAUAGCAAUCCUUACUAUUUUGCAAUUAGUAUUUACUAAUGUAGAAUUAGUAUAGCAUGUCCUGUUUGCGUUAGAAGUUUUAGUGUAUGUAUAUAAAAAGUAAAAGGUUUUACCUGCAGAUCACAUUGAGUCUAUAUUAGAACAGAUUCUAUAAGAAUACCUGUGGAUUCUCUGGAAGUAGAGCCAUCAGGUGCUUAUCAUCAAAGCUGCGAUGACAAAUGAGGCUUGUUACCCUGCUAAUCCUGGCUAACUUAAGCCUACCACCUUUUUCAGUUUCUAGAAAAUGAAUUUAAAGAAAAGGUGGAAUUUCAAAGCUGCACCUUAACAAAUAGUGAGUCUUACUACUACCUUAAUAUAUUUUUUUUAAAUACCAUUUAGUUAGCAGAUUUAUUUGAAGCAAACAAUUCUGCUAUUGCUACCUGAAACCAGUAGGGUGCAGUAUGUUUACUUGUCUUAUAAACCCAUUCAUUACCACAAACAUAUAUACUGGUCAUUGGUUUCCUUUUUGUAUUGCCCCUCUAUCUUAACCUUUACCUCUGUACUAUUCCUUACUCAAAGGAGAAAUCUUUCCACCAGGACUGGGCCUUUUUUGUCCCUUGGCUGCCAUGAUUCCCUUUACCUUUCACAGGUAAAGACAUUGUGUUGGAGCUUGUAUUUAUUAAAUACACAUGCUCAGUAUUUAGUAUGUUGUAUUAUGGCAAAAAGAAUACAUUUCUUUUACAUUCUGCUGGUAUUCUGGGAAACUGCAUUCCCAAAAAUAUCACAACAUUACUUACAAAUCCUCAAGAGGAGUCAUGGCAGUGUGUCUUUGUAUACAAUUAUUUUGAAUGCUAAUUACAUGUUUUGCUCCAAUUAAUAUGAUAGUGUUAUUUGAUUUUAAUGUUUACCAUGAUAAACAUACGAGAAAUUAUAGCACAAAUUCUUUCAAAGUUUCAGAUACUGAUAGAUUCUGUAAGGGCUUAAUUUACUUGUUCUGAUUUUGUGUAUUUUGUACUAGAACAACAUUGAUAAAAUGCCCUUAUAGAGUAGACAACAAUAAGUCUUAGUUUAUAUAUAAAAAAAAAAAAAACCAAUUGUGGGUACUUGCCAACCCCACCACCAUACUGUCAAUUUAAUCCAUUUAAUACGCCUGGCCGUAGCAUGAGAAAAUCAUCUUCCCUAAUUUAUAGUAAGAACCUAACAUUUAUAUUAUUUUUUUGAUUAUUAAACUGGGGAUUCAUGAUAAAUAAUACCAUUUUAAUUAUAUUGGCUGAGCUGGAAAGAUAACAAAAUUGGAGAAUUUUGAAAACAUGUUAUUAAUUAUUUGUUAUUACUGAUAAUUUAUAUAUCCACUCCCUGACUGAAAAUAUUUACUUUUCUGAAUGUGUUAAUGCUGAGAUGGUUACAUUUGUGUACAUCUACUUCUGAAACGUAAAUGCAUUAUGAAGCACACGUUUAAUGACUCUGGGGAGUUUCAGGCCAUUGUAUCUUUGCAUUCUAUCAUUCCAUUAGACCAGUCACAGACUGGAAUAAAUGCAUCAGCUAUUUUUGCGAAACAAGGAGCAGAUAACUCCUGCAGAAAAACACUGAUCAUCCACCAGAGGCAAGAUGUGGCCAAGUGUGGUCACUGAACUACUGUGAACCUAUGUCUCAAUUAUGCUCUCAUUCCGUAUUAUAUUGCCUUUCUCUGAGGUUUGAUAAAGAUUACCAAGUAAUUGGCCACCCAUCUGAUAAUCAAGAUUACCAAGUAAUUGGCCACCCAUCUGAUAAUCAGAGGCUUAACACAUUCCAAGAAUAUUGCUGAUAGCUACAAAUUCUAAUGUCAUGUCAAAUGUGAAAGGUGCUACCGGUAACUGACCCUGAAGAAUUGAUGAAACGUGAUAGCAAUUGGUGGCACUUUGACAGUGACAGAACUAAUGUAGAGAGGGCACAUGUGCAGGAAUUUUGGGGUGGUCAAAAGAUAGAGCCCAGUCUGUCAUACAAUACCCUCAAUGCUGUGCUUGUUAAGGAGUUACCAUUUACCCAUCUUUUCAGUGAGUAGUGUAAGCCUUUUUUGUAUGGCGUGUGUGUAUUGUGCGUGUAGGGGUGCAUUUGUGUGUAGUGUUGGCAUUGGAAUGCAGUUGUGUGUAUGUAUUGUUGGCACUUGAAAGCAGUGGUGUACUUGAGCGUAGUGUUUUCGUUUGAUUGCAGGGAUGUGUUUGUGUGUAGUGUUGCCAUUUGAAUGCUGGUAUGUAUACACAUACACACAGAUACACUGACACAAAUACACACACUCUGACACGGAUACAUAAACACACAUUAACAAAUACACACACUGAAUAGUCAUAAUUUCCAUAUUUUCAGUCACCCUCCUGUUUCCAUACCUUUUGGGUGCAGAGAAGUGUUUUCCCUGGGUUCCAGUGGGAUCUUGCUUAAGACUGUAGUAGGCCCUCUUCUUCCUCUCCCCGACAUAUGUGCCUCCUCUCUCCGUAAGCCGGGAGGAAGUGACCUGAGCUUACUUCCUCCCAGUACUGCUGAUGUGACAGGGGCUCGGUCACUGGUCCCCUGAUGGAACAUGUACUGCCACACCGGCUGCAUUGAUGAUAGUUCCGCUACAUCUUUAAUAAAAUGUCGGUGUUUUAUUGAACUGUCACGAGAAGUAAACUUGUUUAGCAAUACCCCUAAAGGAUAAAAGUGCUUUCAGAUUUAUAUACUAUAAUGGGACACCACACUCUGUUCACAGAGAUGCUUUUGAAGAAGUAUUUAAACUGAAAAUGUAGAAAAUGUAGUUAAGCUAUACAUGAGGUACAAGUGUUAGUCCUCACUGAAAUAUUAACCCAACUGGAACAAGUGUAACAGUGUAUGAAAAGUAUAGUAAAUUAUUUUAAGCCAGCAGAGUCUGGAAAUUGCUUUUGUAACAGUUUAUUAUUAUUUCCAAAUUAAAGAAUUUUUAGCAUAGGCAUUAUAUUUUUAUGGGGUAUACAAACUGGGCAUAACCAGAGACUGACUGUCAGAGACUUACAUCCUAUUAUCCUCAGUCAGAGAAAACUACUUUGAGAAAAUGUUAAACCCCACAUUCACAAAUGUUUGCUAUACUCGAAGCAGGGUCCUAAUAUGAAUGUCAAUAACAAUAGUAAAAUAUAGAGUGCUUUGAAAUGUGAUGAGUUUAGCUUUAAUGUUUUGCGAAUAACCACAGCAUUUUAAAAUGUCGUUGACGUACUCUUUAAGUAGAAUUAUUAGUAAAGGGUUGUACGCAGAGGUCAGUUAGCAGGACACAUUGUCUCGCUGCAAGCCCUCUGAGUUAGAUGUAAGCGUGCAAUGGUUAUGUUCCUCUCCAUGGAUCCCGUUUAAAAAUGAGAAUCCUACUAUUGAAACAGCUGGAUCAGACUCCGUGCUUCAGAUUGAAAUAAGCCACAAUAUGAUAAUAGUACCUUCACCAAACAUUGAAUUGUGGUGAAUCAAACAUCAAAUUUCGAAUUUAUAGGGAAAGUUCUCCAACUCCGUUACAGUCACAGCUUUGCUAUAUCAGAUAGAAUUUCACAAAGUUAAUUGCACAUUAAGUUAGUAUUUUUUUAUAUACACUAAUGUUUCUUGCCCCACUGUCCCCCCCGUCCAAUUUAAAAAAAAAAUAAUAUAUAUAUAAAUAAAUAAAAAACUAUAUAUAUAUGUCAUUUAUGUUUGAGCAUCUUAAAUGCUGUAAAGCGUGUAAUAUCACAUUUAUAUUACAGUUAGAGCAGCAGAUGCAGGCAGUGAAGACCCUGGGGCUUCUUUAGUCUCAUAAUCAUCCUCUCACUGUAGCAGGUAAUCUGUAACAUUAAGACAUGGCUCAAAAACUGACUGUGAUUUGAGGACUAUUUUGUUAUUUCAAAUGGCAAAAGGGCAGAACAAAGCUUAGUCUUAUAUUGUAAGAUAUGGAUAAAAUCUCGCCGAACAUAUAAAUGAUCACUAUAGUGUCAGGAAACAAACUUUUUUUCCUGAUACUAUGUCAUCCUUAGGGGACCCUCACCCCCGCCGACUUCAGCUUCCGAGUGGAGCGGUAUGCGCAUGCGCGGCAAGAGCCGCGCGCGCAUUCAAACAGUCUAUAGGAAAGCAUUUCUCAAUGAUUUCCUAUGGGCAUUCUGCACGUUGGAUGCAAAUUUCACAUCCAGCUUUGCAGAAGCGCCUCAUGCGGCUGUCAGGAAGACAGCCACUAGAGGUUGGAAUAACCCUGCUAUGUAAACAUAGCAGUUUCUCUGAAACUGCUAUGUUUACAUGUGAAGGGUUAAAACCGGAGGGACCUGGCACCCAGACCACUUCAUUGAGCUGAAAUGGUCUGGGGUACUAUAGUGUCCCUUUAAGGGGUAUGAGUGUUUCGCACUUCAUAAGUUCCAAUCUGUUCCAUAACAGAACUUAAUAAGUAGAAUUCCACUGAGCUGGGUUCUGCCCCUCCGCUAUAUAGGUCUGAGAUACUCACAGUUUAGAUCAGUGAACAGUUCCUUCAUAGAAUGCACAAAGGUGCCAUCACAGUGAUGGAGUUGGAAUUGAAAAACAAAAGACUGGAAAAUCUUUGUCUGGGGUCAAUCUCGUACUAAGGCACCAAAACAACCAGUCAUCUUUUGAAACCCAUCCAGGCCAUUUACUGGUUGGGCCUCUGCUGGAGUUCAUACGUGGUUCAGGAAAUGACUCUGUCUGCUAGAGAACACAGGUGUCAACGCACAAUGCUGAGGGGAACUUGCAUCCCAUUGACACACUCAUGAAUGACAUUUGUGUCCCUCGGCUCGCUAUCUGCGUCAGUAUGCGUGAUAACAUAACACACCUGCCAAUAAAGCAUGAUGCACACCUGUCUUUUAAUGACCGGGAGCUGACCCCAGAGAUACAGGUAAACUGCAAAUGCAGGAAUGUCAUUAAUCCACACAAUACAAAUAUGACAACAGCUGAAUGCUUUCAAUGAGGAAGAAGCACUUCCAUGGUAUGAAUAUUUCUCAUUAUUAUAUAAAUCUAUACCCACAACCCACGCGCUCCACUCAGCCUUCCCCUGGUUAUCGCUGACUAAGACUUAAUAAAGGUUCCUAUAGAAACUGCUUUGAAACAGCACUGAGAUAAUGGAACAAAAAUAUAUCUGAACGGAAUGUUUUUAGGCAGAUUUUAUAAACAAACACGUACAGCUACAGCGGUUUAACAUUAGUUGUGUUAAAUACUGGAAAAAUUACAAGGCAUUGUGUAAUCUCUGGACCUUCUGCUGUUUGACUUCAACUCACAUACUACUCAGCCAACCUUUGGCUUAGUGUAAUGGGCAUUAUGGUUCAACAGGAAAUGGGAAGUCAAGGCUGAAAGUAGCGUUAGGAACCUGAGAACUAAAGACCGUUUUUUGUUUUUUUUCCAAAUUAUUUUAUUGAACAUUUUUCAAAACAAUUUCAAACAGAACAAAAUUUUGAACAAAUAUAUAACAAUAAAUACUUAGUAAGCAUACCUAAGUAAUAAGGGCCCAUGGCACUGUGACCUCUUGUGCAAAAGUAAAUGGGACAAAAUCUGUGAAUUUAGUGAUAAUGACCUGUAUAUGGGUGCGGCUGCUAAGGUGAAGAGGAGGUAGGCAAAGUUAAAAUUACACUCGACUGCCCACAAAAUAAAAAUCAUCACUAUUUUGAAGACAUGCCCAAUGAAAACAUUAAUGCAAUUAAUUAUGCAUAUUUUCAAUGGGUUAUAUGAAAAAGUUUGCAAAAGCUGCAGAUCUCUUGUCUGCUGCCUUUGCAAGCCCUCCCCUUCUGACCCCACCCAGACUUUCUGCGGCUGUCCAAUCACAGACUUCCCAAUACAGCUCAAUGAAAAAUCUUUGCAAGGCAGAUGCUUUGAGCAAUUACUGCCUAUUGAGUUUAGCUCCAUUGAGCUAACCAAGCCAGGAAGUAAGAGUGACGGUUCUGAUUGACAGCCAGGAGUGUUACAAGGUUUAUGUAUAAAAGUGCAAAAUUUCUAUUAAAAUCUAAACUUUUUGUAAAAUUAGAAAAAGAGGACACACUCUUCACAGAUAAUGUGCUUUAUGAGUCUGGAGUUUUCCUUUAAGCUUCAAUCCCACGAGGUGGCCGAAUUUAAACACCUUAAGCAUGGCCACAGGACCUUUUUGAUUUUUAAAUAGGCAGCACACUUAGAGUUCACCUGCUACAGUUUUACAGAGAAUUUUGUUUCUUCUACCAUUAAAAGCUGGGGUUUAGAACUGUGGACACUGACAGGUAGUGGAACUACAACACCCAACAUUUUUUGCUAUGUGAGAUGUUGGUCCAAACAGCAGGUUUAAACUUUUACUGGAAAAUAAGUCAUUAUGCCAAAGGAAACAUCCAGAAUACACAAACCAGAGUUACCAUGGAUUCAUUCUACAGAUUCCUGUUGCAAAUUACAACCAUGGCGUAGAAUUCUCCACUUGAAGUCGCUUUUUCAGAUGAGACGCUGGAAACUGGCUUGUUGGUUUUGGCGCUGUAUGGAGCAGCUGUGUGCCUAGAUCCAAACUGAAUCACCAGUUAUUAGGUGCUAGAAAUGCUGUUUAGUCAGAUGCUAUCUAUAUUUAAACCCUUUAUCUGUAAAAUACUUAACCCCUGAACUCAUGUUACAGGGACAAGUUCAGCAGUUGUGCAGAAAACAUCCGUCAGUUCACCUAUGCAAAUAAGCUGGGGCUGCCAGACUCUCCCUCUAUUUCUGGACAAACACUACUUGUACUUAUUGAUAAACAGGACCAGUAAAGUGCCUUCCCGUGGUAUAUAGAAUUAAAAUGCUAUGUGCAGGAUAUCAACAGGGAUAAGCAAAUUUAAUGACAAUGUAAAGGAGUUCUAAAAAACAGCUGGCUUGAAGAAUUUUUACAAAUUAGUUAUUGUGUGAUUUAACUCCUAAAUGACGUAGAAUUGAGCAGUGAGACUGCAGGGGCAAGAUCUACACACCAAAACAGCUUAAUUACGCUAAAGUUGUUUUGAUUCCUAUAGUAUUAUGUUAAAUACUGCUUUAUUGCUGACUGCCAUUGGCUAAUGACAAUCAUGGCCAACCUGCUAAUGAAGGCUGUUUUGAAGCAGUUGUUGGAUUUGCCAAUGUGAUGAGAAAUGCAUUUCUCAACUACCACGGUGGUAGUUAACCAACACUGGCAUAUGCGAUUCCAUGUAUAACUUAAAGGGACAUCAUAGUCACCCAGACCACUUCAGCUCAAUGAAGUGGUCUGGGUGCCAGGUCCCUCAGGUUUUAACCCUGCAGAUGCAAACAUAGUUUCAGACAAACUGCUAUGUUUACAUUGCAGGGUUAACCCAGCCUCUAGUGGCUGUCUUCCGGACAGCCACUAGAGGCGCAUCGGCGAUGCUGGAGGCAUAUUAUGCCUCCAUCACACAAAGCGUCCAUAGGAAAGCAUUGAAAAAUGCUUUCCUAUUGACAGCUUGAAUGCGCGCGCGGCACUUGCCGCCCAUUCGACUUUGCUGACGUCGGCGGGGUAAGAGAGGUCACCAGCGCCGAGGGAGCCUCGGCGCUGGAAAAGGGUAAGCUGCUGAAGGGGCACUAUAGUGUCAGGAAAACCGUGUAGUUUUCCUGACACUAUAGUGAUACUUUAAUUCCAUUAUUUGAUUGAUCGUACCUGAUGCCCCUGAGUGUAUCAAGGAUAUUGAAUGCAGGGAAAAAUAAAAAGUAGCCAGUUUGUACAAAGCAUCAUAAUGGAUCUGUGAGUCAGCAAUGCCUGGAGGGUAGAAAGGAGGCUACAUUAGACUUCAUGUGUGCCAAAGAAUUUCUAUUUACAGAUCUAAUUUAUUUUUAUUUAUUUAUUUUUUUGCUCAGGACAAGAGAAGGUUGCAAGAAGAUAUUGCACAAAGACGACUGACCAUUGAAGAAGAGAAAUUAAAACUACAUCAUUUAAAGGUAAUUAAGCCAAUGAUGUGUAUACAGUAUAUACCAUUUGGAGUUGACGUGGAUUUACCUGUAGGGUGCAGUGAUACUAAGUUUCUAUUUUCUUAACUGUUAAAGUGUUGUAUCCUUGGCAUAAUGGUAAAGGAUUUUAAGUCGAAGUGGAAAAGAAAAAUAAUUCGGAACAUUAACGCAACAAAUUGCUAGCAGUUUGGAUGGAAUGCUAAACAUUGUGUCAUCUCUAUUUAUGACAGGUGUACUUCAGCCUACAAGGUGUUUGUCAGCUAGUUAAUUUGAAUAAAAUUCUCCGUUCUCCGUUCCAAUUAACCUAGUUACACAAGUGGAUUUGGUAGUUCAUCAAGUAAAAUAAAUAUUCGUGGAAAUGCUUAUUCAUUUUGAAAUUUAAAAUGGAAAUGUCAUAGCCCAGGAUUUUUAACAUCAUGUUCACUUAGCCCUUGUAUGUAACAAAUAUGUGUAGAUGAGGUGUGAAAAUUAAAAUGCAAAGUAGAAAACCACAACUUUUUAUCCGUCAUAUGGGCUCCUCCAUCUUGGCAGCCUGUCGUUUAUUGUUAUUAGUUCCGUCCUUUGCACCUGGAAGUGAGCAUAGACAAAGAAUACAGAACACAGGAAACUAAACCACGUUUGUUUCUCGCCAUGUUUGUCCUGCCUUUAAAUUGUCCGAACUACAAUCUGAUGUCACUUGCUAAAUCUCUAAAGUAAAGGUAAAAAAUAACAGAGCGUCUCAUUAAAAUAAUAAUGCGAGGUGUCAGUGAUUUUCAACGUUUUAAACAGAUACGUAACGUCUAGAGAAGUGACCGUUCCCCUUUAACUGGCAUGUAAUACAUACAGUGAGUAAUCGAACUGAAAAUGGUAUAGAAUACAUUUUAAAUAAGAAAUAGUUAAUAGAAUAGCUUGGAUUAGAUGUAUAUCCGAUAUAAACUGUCUGUGCACAUUGUAAUAAAAGCAGCUUUAAAGUCCAGCAAACUGCAAAUAUGAAUUCAUACUUAUUGUCCAAAUUAAUGAAUAGGAAAAUGAAUCGGAACAUAAUUCACCCUUUCGUAGUAUACCAUUAAACAUGACUCACUGCCUGCCGUUCAAGUUAUAUUGAUUCACUCUGACCUUAUCACAAGAAAUUUAUUGUGCAGAUUAUAAUAGAGUAGGUAUAGCGUUGGCUGGGUGGGAAGACGUCUAAACAAUAAACUGUAGCCCUUUACAUAAAUGGCAAUUUUGAUUGUUUUGCAUUCAUCAGAAGAAUAUUUGCAAAAAGAGCUGGCUUGGUACAUUUUGUUCUACGCUGGACUUGUCAUACAGAUUGGGCCCAGGAAUACUUUAUGUGUGCAGUUCUAUUCGUAAAUAAUCUAAUUUCAGGUCUGUGAAUGAUAUCGAGAACAUGCUGAUAAAAUGAGGUUAAUUUUCAGGUCUGUGCGUGAUAAAGAACAUGCUGAUAAAAUGAGGUUAAUUUUCAGGUCUGUGCGUGAUAGAGAAUAUGCUGAUAAAGUGAGGUUAAUUUUCAGGUCUGUGCGUGAUAGAGAACAUACUGAUAAAGUGAGGUUAAUUUUCAGGUCUGUACGUGAUAGAGAACAUGCUGAUAAAGUGAGGUUAAUUUUCAGGUCUGUGCAUGAUAUCGAGAACAUGCUGAUAAAGUGAGGUUAAUUUUCAGGUGUGUGCGUGAUAUCGAGAACAUGCUGAUAAAGUGAGGUUAAUUGGAUUCUCCAGGCUGGAGUUAACCCAUUCCAUUUAUUAUUUUUUUUUUUUUAGUACAUUGCAUAGAUAAUGCUUUAAAAUUUAUAUGCAAAUAUCAAUAAUUCUAUAAUAAGACACUCACAUGUGAUGUAAUCCAUGACCAUGAAGUGACUCAGCCAAUCAUCAUGCUCCCAUAACUUUAUAUGGCAGUGCAGGGUUUAGGUAACCACUACGGCAAUUAGCGGAUGCUGUGAAACCAUGGACUAUGCCUUUGCUGCUGCUCAGGAGAGUUAAUGGAGGUUCUGUGCAGGAGAUUACCUAUAUAUUUAUUUAUACACACCUUAUUUUGAAAAUACCAGCGCUCCUAGCUUUAUAAUUAAUGUUGUUCUUUUAUUGUUAGAGACAUCAAUGUUUCAGUUCCUCACCUGAACUUUCAUCAGGGCAUCUGUCCUGAUGGAAGUUCCAUUCAGGAACUGAAACGUUGAGGUCUCUAACAAUAAAAGAACAACAUUAAUUAUAAAGCCAGGCGUGCUGGUAUUUUCUAAAUACGGUAUUUACAGUGUUACUUGGCACCUGGUUUAUUUUCUAACUGGAGGUUGGAGUGCAAGAGUUUGGAUUUGAGUGUGUGUGUGUAUAUGUAUGUAUGUAUGUGUGUGUGUGUAUAUAUAUAUAUAUAUAUAUAUAUAUAAUCUCUUUCUCAACAGAGUACUGUCAGGUUUCCCAGAAGUGCACAGUUGUUGACUCUUUUUUUGUUUUAUUGAGCAGUAAAAUCAUCGUACAAACACAAUUGGCUUGUGACACCUAAACAGUGUCAGUGUGGCUAGCUAUCUCUGUAUAUAAAGAAUUCCUCCCUCUCAAGCUCAUCUGGAAUGCCUCUAAUGUGUGGGUUUAAUCAGUGAAUUUUAUUGUUUAUAAUGUAAAUUAAAUGUUUAUUGUUUGAACAAAUAAAAGCUAUAAUUUUAAACAGCGACUUUUAUCCCAAGAGCCACUACCCUCUCUUGGAGGUCAGGUGAGGUUUGCCACAGGCUUUUCCUAGAGGACUGAGAGUCUAGUUGCAGAGUGUGUAAACCUGAUGAUAUUUUCCUUGGCAGCCAUGAUGCCGCCUCUGAAGACAAUGGCCUCCUCUCUCGCCACUGAUAUGUGACUCUGAUCAUCUUCAGUAACUCUUUGCUGUCGGAAUUAGUAGAUGGCAUGCAUUUGUCCUAAUCUGAGGAGAUAUGAUCAUGUCUGCCAUGCUGCCCCAGGACCUCUCCAAAUCCGAGGAGCAGGAAUCAUGUCGGCUCCAUUUUCUUUUGUGCAGGCCGCACUGUUUGCCUCAUAAAGCCCCGAUAUCCUGCUAUAGUUUGCAUACUGCCUCUGUUUGAGUGAGCGUCUUCCCAUAAUGUUCACUCACUGUGUAGCAAUAACAAUAAUAUUGCUUUAAAAGUAGCUAAAUGGUCACAAAAUGUCUUCUGUGUGUUAUGAUGAUUUGGGAUGCAUUUUCCAAACUGUAACAAGGCUAAAGUUCUUCUAAAACUAAUUGCGUCUCCCUUUCAAAUUACUACACAACCCAUUUAGCAGACAAUAGGUGGCGACAGUACAUAUUGCCGAACAAUAACCCAUUUUAAGUCAUGAAUUAAAAAUGAAGUAAUUUGUAAAGGUAAUUGUUCAGCUCUGUUUGGCUGAACUCCUAAAUUAACACAAAUAUUUUCCUUUGGCAAUGAAGCGUUUGGCAGACCUUAAAGAGAAACUAUCACCAACAAGGUAUUUAAUCAUAUGAAUGUUAAAAGUACACCUUUUGCUGUGUAGAAUAACCUGAUUUGACAAAAUGGGCCAAUUCGCAUUACAUUUUAUGUUCAUAUUGGCUGUUGUAUUCUUGAAAUAAAGAUAGCCAAAUGGUACAUUGUAAAAUACUAUUUCAAGCCUGUUUGUACUGAUUUACUCAGAGCCAUUGAUUUUAUUAUUGUUAUACAGCUAUAUACAAAAAAAAAAAUCACAAAAUUAAAAUAUUUUCCCUAAUAUUAACUCAUUUAGAAAGUUUAUUCAAAAUUAUGAAAUAAUUUGAAAAGCCUUUCCAACAAUAUUAAAUUAAGACACUGGCGUUUCUGCCAUAUUCAUGUGAACUUUGUAAGUAUUACCUGGUAUUUAGUUAACCCAGACUGCUGAGGGACUUUGAAUUUAGGAGAAUUAUACAUCUUUGAUUUUCAUGCAUUUUCAGAUUCAUUUUCAACUGGCGAGUAAAACGUAGUCCUCUACCUAAUAUUGUUGGAUAACCUUUCCAAAUUAUUUAAUAUUUUUAGAUAAUCGUUUACAAUGAUUUAACAUAAUAAAAAUAUAUAUUUUUCUUUUUUGUAAUAUUUUUAUAUUUUUUUGAUAUAGUGAUAUACGAUUUAUUUUCUGAUAUUUUAAUAUUAAAUUACUUGGAAAACGUAUCCAACAAUAUUAAAUUGAGGCCUUAGUUAGUAGGUCCCGAUGUGUAGUGUGACGGGUGCACAGAAUACCAGCCUAGUUUACGUCAAAUAAGAAGGCAGCACAGAACUGACUUCGUUGGGUUUUGGGGUAGAUGGCCAGUAUUCGUAUCACAGGAGCAUGUUCAACCAAUGCAAGUGAUCAACCAAUGAUUAGUGCCUGCUUGUUGAAAGGUAUACCCAACUUACAUAGUUGUACAGGAUUUUUUAUUUUUAUUUUAUUGAUCUGCGUUUGUUAUGUAGUAACACAUUACUCUGUUAUGGUUUCAUGGCACAUGCAGAUAUAUCGAAUGUAGUCACCACUAAGUUUCAUCACAACCCAGGCAUUCGCAAAAUCGGAUUCAUGUGCAAUCAAGUCCUGUUUGGAAUCAGCUGAGCCAGGAACACUGACUGGUGUUAUGAAAUUAUUUUUGGAUGAGCUAUGCAUGCGUUGCUAAAUAUCAAAGAGUCACAACCUCGAGUUAGAAUCCAGUGUUCAUGACUGGGCAUAUCUGCUGUAACUUAUAUCAAGAGAAACUCAUAACUUCAUUAAGAAAUCAUCUUCAGGCCUGAAUAUCAGCUACACAUCUAUAGUGUAUAGUUGUAUGGGGGAAAACAACAUCAGCGGCAUUCAUCGUUGGGAUGUUUUGAAUUCUGGGCUUCACUCUCAAGAAGAUACAAACUGAUUUUAGGUACUCUAUUGUAAUGUAUAGAGAAAAGGUUGCAAACAAUGAUCAUUUUUUUUUAAUAAUCAAACACUCUGUUAUUUUUUUAGAAAAAAUCUCUGCGGGAAAAAUGGCUUUUAGAUGGCUUAAGUACAAUGUCUCCAGAGGAACAGGAGGAAACAUUACGGCAAAGCCAAGCAGACCAAAAGCAGAUCAAAUCCCUAGAACUCAGUAUUGUCAGGUAUGUUCUGCCUUAUGUGGUAUAGCAAUGAUUCCCAAUAGGACUGAUAGUUUUGCACAUAGUUCUUUCUCCUUCCUUGCACACCCUCAGUGCCACAAAUGGUGGUCCCAUGGCAGGCAACUCUGUAGACUUAGUGCCCUAGACAUUACCUACCUUGGGUUAACAUGUUUGAGCAGUGCAUUAGCGGAGUUUGCCACUAGAAGAAGAUAUUAUGUUGUUUCCUCCUGCAAAAUACAUUAAAGGGAUACAAUAGUCAUCAAAACAACUUCCGCUUAAUGAAUGUAUCAUGCACCUGCAGUCUCACUGCUCCAUUAUCUGCCGUUUAGUAGUUAAGUCACUUUGUUUAUACAUCCCUAGUUACACCUCCCUGCAUUUGACUUACACAGGCUUCCUAAACACUUCCUGUAAAGAGUCAUCUAAUGUAUACACUUCCUUUAUUGCAAAUUCUGUUUCAUUUAGAAUUUCUCAUCCCCUGCUCUGUUAAUAGCUUGCUAGACCCUACAGGAGCAUCCUGUGUGUAAUUAUAGUUCUAUUUACAGAGCAGGAGAUUUAAACUUGUAAAGUAAGCUACAUCUGAUUGAAAGUGAAACCAUUUUGUUAUCAUGCAGGCUGUGUCAGUCACAGCCAGAAGAGGUGUGGCUAGGACUGAAUAAACAGAAACAAAAGUGAUUUAACUCCUAAAUGGCAGAGAGUUGAGUAGUGAAACUUCAGAGACAUGAUCUAUACACAAAAACUGCUUCAUUAAGCUAACGUUGUUGUGGUGACUAAAGUGCCCCUUAUUAUUAUUGAACCAAUUCUGACACCCUUCCCUCUUGCUUAGUGGAAAAUUAGGACCACAAGUUGUAAAAAUUAUGCUUAUGUUGCAUCACUAUAUACAGGUCACCCAUAAAGUGGACUUCUAAUUGAAAACUGUUGACGUAUUACUCUGUUUAUACUAGAUGAACAUAAAUGUUCUCUUCUAAUUGAAUACUCAAUGUGCACAGCUUUCUCAUCAGUAUUUCUCUCCCCGUGAAAAGCAAAAUGCCUUUACACCAGAUCCACUCUGAUACUUCGCGCACGUAGCAUGCUGUGCUACUCUAAAAGGCAUUAUCAUGAUACUCAAAACAAUACUGCUGAGUUCAAAGUGGGGAACAUUACAUCACUUUAAUAGAGAAGAUUGAAUCAUAGCUAACGAGUGUAUGACCGUAAUCUGACAGUGUCAUCCUACGUCCUCCUUAUACUUCAUGCCCUAUUAUAAGAAUUGUUCAAUCGUUUGAGGCUCUCAUGAGUUACUACUUUUACUGUCUUUGAAGAAAUCCGACUUUUAUAAGAAAUGAUGAGACAUUAAAGCCAAAAUACACUAAUGAUGAGACAUUAAAUUCCAAAUAGAAUGAUACACUACCAGCAUUAGUGUGCUACCAUAAAAAAAACAAAAAAAACACCAACACUUCUUAGGAAGACCCAAUUACUUAGGACGAUGCAUUAACGGCUAAUUACGUGUUAAGUAGCUUUCUAAGCUUGCUUCUAUUUAUCUGAUUAGAAUGAUCUAUCAUUACUCUUAAAGCAGCUCUGUCACUUUGAUGGUUUUGCUUUUAAAUGUAAUCCUCUUCGUCUGUCUAUUUCUCCUUGGUUUUAUUUUAUUUCAUUUUUGUAAUUAUCCUUAGAUAUUUUUUUGUAAGUUACUUUUUCUUAUGUGAAGCAUGAUCUUUGGCAUUUUUGGGGGGAACUGGAUGGAGCUUAAUCAAAGUUACACAUUCCAGUUGCUAAACUAAUUUACCCACAAUCCAUCAGUCAAAAGAAUCCCACAGAAAGGCACAUGGCAAACUUUAUUGGCAGAGAAUAAAAUGGCAGCACCCUGGUAUUGAGAUCCAGCAUGUAAUAAAUGUGUAUAUGUUAGGGAGAUUGGAAUAAGUCUCUUUUUUAAAUUUAUAUAUAUCGUCUAGGAAAAAUAGGUAAUGUAAUAUUCUUUAAAGCACAUGGAAGAAGUAUAAAAUAAGGGACGGGGUAAUGGGGGGAGUGUAAUCAUUAAGAUACAAUCCCUUACAUAAGUAAAGGAAAACUGAAAGAAAAACAAAUGACUGUUUAUAGCAUUAAGAAUACAACAUGUUAUCUUCCCACUAGAGUGUUACCAUACCUAUUUUGAUUGAUUCCCCUCCCAAACUAAUAAAAAAGGUUUUACUUACCUUUACUCCACAUGCGCCGGUCAAUAAGUGGAUGCUUCGCCUCCAUUACCUGAGAUAACAAGGAAACUAUUCCUAGCUAUGCAGUAUCCUAGUAAAGAGGUAACAGUUUUUUGUCCCUGUACUUGCACAAUUUUGCCUCUUUUAUUUAUAAAGUGCCAACAAAGUCGGACAAGACGAGUUGGACGCGCAGAAAAAAAGGGGUGUUGAGGGCCCUGCUCAACGAGCUUACAUGCUAGAGGGAGUGGGGUAUAGUGGCACAAAAGGUAAGGGUAGGAUGUAGUUUGUGUUCAGGAAAAAGUUUACAGUGAAGGGUUAGUUUACUGUCAGCUGCUGUUAAAUGCAAUGUUAAUUUACAUGGGAAUUAUUUACUUGCUCCUUCUCUGUAUCAUAGCAAUAAUUACCUUGAUUACAUGAAGAUAUGAGAACAGUCAUUAAGUCUUUGUUGUGUUUGCAGACUGUCACACCUAAGUUAUACACCAUACUUCAUGGUGAAAAAUAAACCUGUUUAGAUCAGAGCUAACGCUUUAAUUUAAUAGAUCAUGCAGCAAAUAUGUUUAUUGCCCAUUUGCUACCUGCAGAAUCAUAAGCCCUUUCAGUGUCAGAGGCUAUAAAACACAGACCGCAAAAGACUGAAUACAAUGCACAGUUUGGCAUAAGAGGUCCUGUGGCAGCAAUACUUUAAAAAAAAAAAAAAAUUUCUCUUGGUCCCUUGAUUUGGUGACAUGAGAAUCAUACAGUCUGUGUUGACACUUGCUUUCUGCUGACAUUUAAUUUAGGAUUUAAUGAAAGUUAAAUGGGAUGAUGGCACCAUUCCCUUUUUUGUUCAUAUCUUAUCCUAAUUGUCUGUUUGAUAAAGUUCAAUUCGUUUCCACUUGGUUUAAUCUGCUUUUGGUGGUUCUUUUGCAAUAUUUGAUAUUUGCAUUUACUAAUUAAUUGGACAAAUAUAUCAUGAUUAAUCCAGUGACAUUUAUAUAUAACCUUCACAAUACUGUCAAUAAUGUCGCUAUACCAGUGUGAAAUUUCCUUUUAAUUUUUUUUUUUAUAUUCUGGCUAAUAUUGUAUAUUAAUACAAUUUCCCACAAUUUAUUCAUUCUGUCCAUUAAAUUCCUAAAAUUAUUUUCUAGCUGCACAAAUUAUAUAACUAAAGUAAAACAAAAACACAAAUGGACACAUCUUGCCAUUUUAGAAUCCACAGGGAUAUGAAUUCCAUAUUUAUUAUUAUUUUAUUAUUUACAUAGUGCCAGCAAAUUCCGUAGCGCAGUACAAUGGGUGGACUAACAGACACUAAAUUGUAACCAGACAAGUCGGACACACAGGAACAGAGGAGUUGAGACUCAUGGAAUAUUUGUCUUUGGAUACAAUGCAAUCCUCCAUGGUUUCAACAGACCUUUAACAACCGUGCAUAUAAUAUAAAUAAAAGAAAUCGCGAUCUGUUCUUACUGGUAAAACAUUUUAUAUAUGAAUAAGAAAUAAAUCUGUUUAUUGUUUGAGGCGAUGUGAGAAGCGAGUGAGCCUUAGAGGAAUAUUAUUGUUUAUGUAGAACAUGAAAGCAGAAUUAUGGUUUUUCGCUUAUGAAACACAUUACGUUAUGAGAGCACAAGUUUUGUCUGGUCCUGUUGGCAAAAUAUAAUCCUUGAGCUUUCAAAGGUAGCAUUGUUUUCCCAGAAUGCAUCCCCACCACAAAAGUUUACUUCAGUAUUUUCCAAGAUGGCUCAGUGAGUGAUGAUUGCAUGGGAAUAAACAAUUCAUCCUUAAAUAACUGAAUUUGUAAAUUUUGUUCGAGAUUAGAAUUCUGCAAAAUAUCCUUUUAACCCCUUAAGGACCAAACUUCUGGGAAUAAAAGGGAAACAUGACAUGUCACAAAUGUCAUGUGUCCUUAAGGAGUUAAAGAGUGAAGCCCACAUUUUAACGUGAUAUGAAUUUAUUUAAAGGAACACUUUAUAAAAAACACUAACAUUUUAGUAGAUGAUGUAAACCCAAAGAAAAUAUGCAUGUUAUUUAUUUUGUAUGUUUUUUUAAUAAAAAAUGGUAUAUGAAAUCUCGGCUUGCAAUAGCUAUGUAUCUAGUAUCUGCAGCUAUUGCAAGCUCUCCCCUUCUGCCCCAGUAUGGACGGUCUAUGACUGGCCAAUCACAAACUUGCUGAGCCAAACUACCAAAAAGCAACAGCACUGAUGGUCUGAUGCAAUAGAAAUUGGCACUUUUAGAAAAUGACACACUUUCGCACAUAAAGCACUAAAGCAAUUUGGACAUUCUGUCCCAUGUCUCCCAUCACAGUGCAAGCUUAUUGCAAAGUUAGGUCUGUAGACUUAAAUAUACUGAUGUACAUAAAUUGUACAUAUAAUAAACUUGCACAAUAAAUGGAGUCUGUACUUUGUAUAAAUGGUUUCUGCUGUGUUUAUAUGUUGUAAUAAAGCCCAUGAACAAACUAACCAGAAGGAGGGGGUGCUGCCAAGUGAAACAUAUAUUCAAUGGCAAACAGUCCUUAUUUAUUCAGUACCAAGGUAAUUACAGAUCCCACUGGUCUCAUCUCCAGAAGUGGAAGGAAUGUAGGAUUAAAAAUAAAACUCCUGUGUAGUAUAAAAUAGCCAUGAAUGCAAUUAUCCAGUAAUGCAUAGUGGAACAUAUGCUGUUCGCUAGAACCUUGGCAUAAUGAUGGAAUUCUAUAAUGUUCUAAUUGUAGACUUGAACAAGAAAUUGGAGAUCUUGAAAAGGAGGAAUCCCAGCUGUCUGCAAAAGAGGUGCGGGUUCUGCAGAGAUUGAAAUCCGUGGAACGUACAACAGAAGACAUUAUAAAGGUGAGUUCUAUUAAAGGGAACAUGCAGCCAUUUCAGUGAUGGGUCCUGUCCCACCCACUCACUCAUAAAUGGGUAUAGUAAUUUAAUAUAUAUGGUUCUCCUAUACAGGCUGCGUGAUGACUCAGUGGGUUAAUGCAUAGAAGAAUAUAAUCACAGAUUGCAGGUUUCGUUUCCACAAUGACAUUUGUUUUCUACGGUUGAAUGAAAUGUGUACCAAUAAGUUGGGUAAUAACAGAAAGGCAAGUUUGAAAACAAGAAAAAAAUCUUAAUCUAGAUAAAACCUUUUCCAUGAACAGAGGAAUCUGGAUUUGUUUAUUAAUAAAGGCAACAUUGUCCGAGAGGAAACAAAAGAAUCAUAGAUGUCUUUGUUGGUGUUUUGCUCUAGAAUUCUAUAUUGCUAAUAUAAAAUUAUAUAUCUGAAAAUAUAUAAUUAAAGUCAUUUAAAUUAAACAGUAUGGAUUUACACUAAAUUAUAUUCAAGAGAUAAAAACAGGAACAAUAUAUUGUAAUGAUUCGCUAUGAAUGCAUUAUUGUAUUAUGACUAUAGUGCUUACUAUAGCACUUAUCAUAGCCAUCCAAGUUGGUUGAAUUUAAAUGGAUAAAGCGACGGUUAUACUUCUGCAUUAUCACGUGUGUGACUCUGAGGCCAACUUGGCUGUCAGAAGAGCUCCUGUUUUUGUCAUACUGAUCAAUACCUCUUGAUAGUUUGGGCCAAAGGAGGGGCCCAAACUAUCACAGAUGUAAUUUUCACUAUUAUAAAUUAAAAGUUAAUUUGUAGGAUUACAAAGUCACAAGAAUGAGCACAUUUUUUUUACAGUUUUGGUACUUAAAGCAUUGGAAAGCACCAAGGAGGUUAUUAAAAAAGUAGAGUGCCAGUCCGUUGCUAUUUUGGGGAUAUAUGUAUGGGUGUGUUAUAUUGUUGCUUGUUUAGUUCCAGAAAUGGUUACAUUGCAUUUAAGCAUUAUUUAAACCAUACUUACUAACAUGAACUAUUUUGCGUUUCUGUUUUAACAGGCGGUGAAAGCAGAGGCGAGAGAAGGUACAGUAAUUCCUUCAUUAUCAGAUACAAAACAUGUUUAGCAUCUCUCAAUAGAUUUAUAUAAAUUAAGUAAUCUAUGUGUUUAUGCGCUAAAAACCUCUAGACAAACAGAAGGAGAUAUAAAGGAAUCUAAGUGAGAUGAGACGAGUAAUUGAUAGAUUAGACAAGUAAUACAAGAUAAACCCUAAUUCGAAUGCUUUUCCCCCCCAGAACCAGUAACACCAGUACAGGAUAUUUAUGCCGGUAUACCUGACCUGCCAGUAUCGUAUAAACCCCAAUUUGUCAAGAGUUUGGAAAAAACACAAAAAGAGAAUGGAGAGGAGCCAAGAAAAGGUAUAAUAGUUUCAUCAUUUGAAAUGCUUCACGAAGAUAUUGGCUAUGGUGAUUUAUAAUAGCCAUUAUCGGGAAUUGCUCUACGGAAUAUGUGUGGAAUCUGUAAUCUUGCAUUAUGAUUUUGUCACCCAGCCUUAGGCUGACUAAAAACCCAAUUCUUGGAGGUGAGGUCCUGCAGUAGCUGUCUGAUCUUUAGGUCAGGAGGAUGGCUGUCCAAUCUUUGGGUCAGUAGACUGGAUGUGUGCAUGUAAUUGGUCAGCUUCAUGUAGUACGUAGUUCACAUUUAGACCAAAAUAAUAUUUAUUUCCACGUUUCCUUAAGAUGGUUACUGCAGUGUAGGAUAAUUCUUUUUAAAUUGCCAACUAUGACCUCACUCAGUGAUGGCUCACCUUACCUUGGCAUUGCAGAUGAUUGAACUGCAUUUUCCAUGAUAUUUUGCCAAUCCUUCGUACAAGUCACAUCUUUGUGUUUUUGUUUUUUUGGGGAGGUCCAAGACUCAAAACUGUCACCAGGGUAACGUGCCAUUCCUGAGCCAUGUCUACGGCCCUUUACAGCUGAAGGACAAUCUACCCUGGCUCCUUUUCAUUAAAUCAAUAUAGGUUCCCAAUGAUGGGUUUAAAACUUGAUUUAAAGGGACACUAUAGAAAUCAGAACUUUUACAACUUAAUGUAGCUGUUCUGGUGUCUACAGCAUGUCCCUGCGGGCAUUUUAAUCUGCUCGGCCAAGGAGGCUGACCCACUCAACGCUGGAAUAAAGGUACAAUUUUAACAUGGGUGGGAACGCCCACCUGAAAAGAGUUUUUAACACUGUUUACAUGUUGUGACUCUGCAGUGUUGCUUUAAUCUUGUUUCUUCUGUUUUUUUCUUUAAAUCUUUCUUUAAAUAAAAUAUAGCAUGGUUUACAAACUUUGUUUAGUUGGUGGCAGCAUGGCGAAUAUUUUGUGAUAAUGGUAGGAUUUAAAAAAAUAUAUAUAUAUUUUCCUUUUGGACAUUUUGGUAUUUUAUUUUUUAUUUUUUAAGUAGCAACAAUACAAUCUGUCAUAUUGUCAAUCUAAGUUUGGGCUCGGUACCAGACAAGAAAGAUUUUUUUAAAUUUAUUUUUGACUUUAUUUUUUUCUUAUGACGUAGCUACUCAGAGUAAAUGCCAGAAGAAACUGUAUUGGCUACAUUGUUAUGAUGCAAUUGGUCACUGCACCACAUACAUAAUAUUCCAUUACUUGAAAGGCAUUAGUUAUGCAAGUGAUAUCCUACUCAAGUGAAUUAUAUUAGUGUAGUCAAGAUUGACUUGUUGCUUUUCGCCCGUCGUUGUAUGGAGGAAAAAUAAAAUGAAUUGAGUGUCAGUAAUCUGUACUCCCAGUUGUAAAUGGAUGGAUAAAAUAUUGCAAUUCUCUUUCACAUGAUUUCAUCCUGAACCACCUCACUAAUUUUCAAUGUUGAAACAUUUUCAAGAAACAUUUUUUUGUUCAUCUCAAUUCAUCUAAAUGGAAAUAAUUCUCAGUCGCUAAUUUACACGCAUUGUUUAACACCACUCUUGCAUACCAUGAAAUGUUAUGCUUUAGUACAUUCUCAUAAACCAAAACGUUUAUAAUCACAUCUAAUCUAUACCAUGAGGUUAAGAUUCAGUGCUAUGUGAUGACUGCCUACUUAUCUGCAUCAAUUUUUAUUGAAGCUCCCCCCCAAAUCCACAUUUAAAUUCUAAAACAUUGCACAGAGUACAUCCAAAAAGAACAGGGGCUAGUGACUGAUCUUCAUCUUUUCCAACUCCAACUCGUAUCAAAAAUCAGCCAGGAAUGCUACAAUAAAUAUGAUUAGAAUGAUAUCUUCUUCCUAGCAUCAGACUUCCAGAUUACAUGUGUGCAGUCAUAUUAGGCCCUUACACUAGAAAACUAGGUUAAAAAUAUAUAUUUCUAAAAUAUCCAAUGGGAAACAGGUUUAAUUUUUUUGCCUUUUAUUGCUUAAUUAUAAAUCUCAUAAUACUUUGUCACCCUAAGAUUUUUUUAAUAUUAUCUACAAUUGAUAGAGGCUUGAUCCCUGUGUUUUUAAAUGCUUUUUGGACUAUCUAUUUAUUCUACAAUCUACGUGGCCACACGUUAUGGACUAAUUAAAAUGAGCAGAAAGUAAACGUUUUACCAAUGCCUGUUAUUAACAAACCUUUCUUUUUUUGAAUAGCUUUGUUUGCCAUGGAAAUCAAAGUUGAAAAAGACAUGAAGACUGGAAAAAACAAGGUGUUAUCGAGUAUACCGGUUCCUUCCAGUGAGUUUAAAGAUGAAGGAGUGAAAGUUUAUGAUGAUGGCAGGAAGUCUGUAUUUGCAGUGAGUGCUAAAGGUGUGGUCAAGAACGGAGUAGACAAUCUUGCUCCUAUAGAAGUAGAAGAUCUUCUAAGGAAAGCUACAGAAAAAAGCUCGCAGUCCCCCACGGAGUACCAUGAACCUGUAUUUUCUAACCCCUUCAACAAUUCUAGCGUUCAAAAAGGACAGAUAUCCCCCAAAAUAAAUGGCCACAAUUCAUCUCCCGUAGUAAUUCCAGAACACAGUUCUAUCCCGAAUGGAAGACUAAGCUCAGAAUCAAUAUCCUAUCCUAACAUAUCAAAUGCAAUGUCUUUGGUUAAAGAAGCAGAGCCAAAAGAACCAAUAUUUUCACCUAGUCAAACAGGUGCUUUCACCCAGAGCAAUCACAUUUCUAAAGAAUAUCCUGAACAUCAGCUAAAACCAGAGGAAGGCCUCCAAGGGCCAAACGUUAUGAACUCUGCAUCAUAUCCACAAGUGGACUCUUCAAGUUUAGGUAUGGAAGGUGACAUGCACUACAAUGUUGUUCAUACCCAGCCUUGCUAUCUUGACGAUUCAGAACCAGUCACCAUGAUUUUCAUGGGAUAUAAAAAUGCAGAUGAGGUUCAGAGCAAACCAAUGACAGAUUAUGAGGGCAUCAUCCGUGCUGAACUGGUUGUAAUUGAUGAUGAUGAAGAUGUAGGUGAUGGUCUCCAUGCAGGACAGAGAUCUGUAAAAGAACAAUAUUUUCCUCCAGUUGGUCAACAGCCAAAUGAUGUCAUACAGAAACUACCCAAGCACGAAGUAACUUUGAAUAGCCAUCUACCCUACAAGAAUUCAAUAUCUUUACUAGAACAAGAAGCAAGCUUAGGACAAAAUAACUACGCCCUACCAGCCAGAACAACGAUAGAUGAUGGUACCGAGGAUCCGUCGUUAACAGGUAAGGAUCGCUCAAGAAAUGUCAGUGUUGUUUUCUAAUAUGACGCACUGUAUUCAUUAAAAUAAUAUUGGCAGUGAUAAUAUGUUUGAUUAGGUUUGAAACUUUCACAAUAGCAGCAGUACCCAUAGGGUAAGGUGUGGUUUCUCAGACUUCAAAGAGUGCUACUGUGACCAAUAUACACUUUAGAAAAUGGGAACAGUGUGUCAUCAAAUCCAUGGAAAAAUAAGGGCAUCUUCCCCAAGCUUUAUUACUCUGAAAAUAUACAGUACCUCAUCAUUUUUUGACUGUAAUACGGGGAUUAACGCAUAACAAUUGCGGUCAAAACGUGAGACUGACUUUUUUAAAUUUAUUUAUUUAUUUUUUAGUAGUGCUAUAGAAAAAUAAAAUUAGAUUCUAGUUCAUAUGGCUUUUAUAUAAUAUGAAAUAUAACAUAUGUAAUGUAUGAUCCUAUCUGAUUGCUAUAAAUUUAUCCAAAUGCCUUUCAAUAAACAAGUACACAUUUAGGGUUAUUCAAUAAAAUUAGAAUUUCAGGUAUUCAAAAUACAUUUCAAAAUAUAGGUCAGAAUAGCCGAUUUGGAAAAAUUCUCCUCCAAGUUGGCUGUGUUUUCAGGUUUUAUACUAUGGCCUAGUGUAAUUCACUUGAAGUCUAUUCAGUCCACUCUGAAUUCUAAGGGAGCAAAAAUGGCAGAAAUGUUGGUUUAUUGAGUUCCUGAGUUCACACUUUAGUGAAUAAUUCUGAAAGAGAUCUCCGGCUCUUAUUAUUAUUUAUAGAGCGCCAACAAAUUCUGUAGCGCUGCACAAUUGGUAGACUAAAAGACUUCUAUUUGCAACAAGACGAGCUGGACGCACAGGUACAUAAGGUGUUGAGGACCCUGUUCAAACAAGCUUACAUUCUAGAGUUUGGGGAAUAUAAGGAUUUAGUAAGUCUCCUUUUUGCUAAUUAGGAUUAGACCGGAAUGGUAAUUAUAAAUCUAUACCGCCCAGUGUCUCUAUAUACGAUUUUACCUGGCUAUAUGUACAUGGUAUAUACACCAAAUUAACCAUUUUAUCCUUGUAGCAGAUAGAGGGAACAUCUGGACAGCAUCCAGAGCAGUGUGUUUGAGAUUUAGUAUGAGCAGAGGAGCUUAUAAUGCUUUAUAAAGGAGAGUUCAAUCAAGAUUGGUUUAACCAUAUAGUGUUCUGCAUAGUUCACUAGCCAUGUUAUUAUAUAUGAAUUCUAAUCCUUUAUCUGCUUAAUUUUUUCCCGUCUCUGUUGUUUGCUCUCUUCUCCCAUUGUAACUCAAACUCAAAAUGAAUGACAGGAUGGCAAAUUUUCAUCACAGGGGCAAACGGUGCCCAGGAACGUUUAUUGACCGGCACUUUGAAUAAAUCUGGAUAGCUGCUAGAUAAGAAAUGAAAUGGUUACCCCAACCAAAAAAUAGUGUAGGAAAGGAAAGGGAAAAUGUCAUGUAAAAAGGAUAUGGGAAAAGAAAAAGUAACAUACCAUACGAUUCAACAUCGAGGCCAUGUACUUCCCCCGGUCACUCCCCUUCAAUGAAGGAGUGAUGUUCCAAAACACAGGUGGAGGGGAGUGACGUGUUGCCGUUGGUUGCCUGUCACCAGCAUGCAUUGCAUGGAAUUAACAUUAGUCAGCCCAGAAUGAGAGUUAAUGAUGCUGCUGGGAGUGGAAUUGCAUUCAGCUGGCAUGGUGCAUUUUCUCUGUAUGUCCAGUGUUUCAUAAUGAAAUGCUACACAUGCAGACUCCAAGCACCAUGACUGUGGCGGACCACUCGUUAAGGGACCCGAAUGUACUGCCAAGGCUCUCCUUCCACCUUCAAAGUAUCCCAUUCAGCGCAAUGACCAGUAUUUAUAGCAAGCAGUAUAGCCGUAGUGUAUAGCACCACCCCUCCCCCCCAUACAUUAGUCGAGACUUAAUGCUUGGAGAACUGAUUUUAUUGUCACCAACACGGUCGUUUAUACACGGACCACCAGCAUUGGUUCCUUAUUCAACAACAUAAUGAUCCUACUUUGUGGCCUCCGUGUUCUGGGAUAUAUUGUGUGAUCUCUUGCUAAAUUAUCUCCCAGACACAGAGGGUACAACAUAGAAUGUCCCCAAAAACAUAGUAGAAACCCCACAGGAACCCCCACAUAUUAUACAUCCCCAGAUAGCUCUGAUCCGAGUGUCCAAGGUGGCAAAAUAGCUCUCAGAUUCAUGAAAAAUUGGAGAUUUGACCGGCCGCUAGCAAUGUUCAUGCCCAAAAGAGUUCCAUGACGAAUGGGGCUUUGGCCAGUCAAAUAUCGGGCGCUCCUGUGAGUUGAAAAGGAGGUGCUCCCCCUAGCUCUCCGGAAACUAUUGUUCUUCUUAUCCUCUUAUGCUUACCCUCCAAAGAACACUCUACUGGCUGGUUAGGAAGUGUGGUAAAACUGGGUUGGAAGUUGGCCCAGGUAGAGGCACUGGUUGCAGUUGGGCCACUGUUUCAUAAGAAUUGCGUUUUAAUCUCGUUAUAGUCUUUGCCCCUUAGGCAGCCCUGUAGAGAUGCGCUCUAGUUUUUUUGAGUAGGGGCAGGUGGUGAGAGCCAAGGCUUUGGGAGAAGGUCUCUGAGAAGAGAACAUGGGGGUUUAUGCAUAUGGGCCACAGUGAUUGAGCCCUUUUGGGGAGUGAGUUGCGUGGUUGUUGCCUGGUGUGGGUAUGAGUGACUGGGUGUUCCAUUAUAAUGAUCACUUUAAAUAAUUGAAAUGGUCAUGGUGGUUGAAGUAACAUUUUAAAAGUUGAGAAUAAGUGGAAUGGUUAGAUACAGGAGAAAAGUGUGGGAUUGUUUUAGAAUGGUGAGAUUAUCCUUCUACUGAAGGAUGGAAGAAGAAGACAGACGACAUGAUGAAUAUAGAGUGCAGGGUAAUAUUCCGCUUCUCUUAGAAAGCAGAUUAUAACAUACAAUAUAGGAGAGGACGGAAGAGGUUUUGACAGGGUUCGAUAAACCGUGAAUGCCAAUAAACAUACAGAGUUUACUAAAUAAAUCAUAUAAGGGUAAACCGUCCUGUGGUUAAACAGUGACAUCAAUGUGAGUAUAGUGUAUCUCAAACACUUAAAAAUAGUUGUAUGUUCUACUUCGAAAAUAGAUACUACCAAGAAGAGGCCUCUUGCUGCUAUUUUUCGAAUGACUAAUCCCUAAAUAGCGCUGUCCAUCUCCAUUGAUUGAAUCAACCAGAUCAUUGGCUAUUUCUGAAGUGUAAAACUCCAUUAACUUUAGAAAUAGAUUGUUAUACAAUAUGGAGUCUAGAUGGGUAAUAUGUAACAAUAGGGAAGGAAGACAUUUGUGCAUUUUAAACAAGAUUCUUUCUGAAGCAAAAAUGUAAAACAGGAGUAUGGUGUAGCAUAUGAGCAAAAAUGUAAACAAAUUAACCUAGUGCGGCUCUGCUGUAGCCCCAAUAGCAAGCAGAGUACAGUAAUCCAAAGUAUUCGACCACAAAGCUUAGCUCCGCUAUAGGGGCCCAUUAGUGCAGCCCAUGAUUCUCUCGGAUUGCUGUGAAUAAUCCUAACACUCAAAUGGUGUUACAUGGUUGGUCGGUGAGAUAAUUACAGGGCCUAACCCAACAACCAUCAAUUUAAAUAUUGAACAAGGAGAGGUAAAUGACACAUACAUGUUCACCCCUCAAAGGAAGGAUAUUUACCUUCAACCCUUUCUCUUGAUGUAAAUUUAGGCCUGCUCCUCUUAGAACCAUUGGUAUACAACAUUGGUAUACAUAUCCCUGCCACCUGAACCCUCUAUCCUUGUAUGUAAGGCUUUGUGUCUAACUUGUAUCCAAAACUAGAGCAAUCUCAGAAUCCAUCACCAGUGCAUUUAGUUUGUAUCCAUCUCAUCCACUUGACAUACAGCCAAACUUCCGAGUUUCUUAGUAUGGUGAUCUGUAUAAUGAGACCGUGGGUUACAGAUACAGCUUGAUACAAAUCUUGUAGAUACAUUUUUUUUUUAACAUAUAACCCAUCAAGUGUUCCCAGUUUCCCAGCCUUUUUUGUUUAUCUCCUUCUCUCCAGCAAGCAGCUAAAUUUUGGUCUCUACAAAUUUAACGAACAGCUGCUUUGUCAUACGUAUUUAGCUCACCGCGACUACACAGCUUGUAUGGAAGGUGUACCAGCUUAGGGAUGGCUUUGGUAUAUAUACAUACAUAUAUAUAUUAAUUUAUUUAUUUUAUCACGUUCUUGGUUAACACACAAUAUUUAUCAUUAGAUGUACUAUAUCUACACAAUAGUGUGUUUUUAAUUAACUAAGAAAGGAAAUCUUCUUUCUGUAUGGAGAGCAAAAAACAGGUCGCAAGAGUAUUCUGAGAACGGACAGCAGCUGAAAUAGCCUUCCCUUCGGUGUGUCCCCGUUCAGAACUCAAGCUGGUUUUAGCUCAUCUUGUGCCAUUACAGAGAGAACAUAUCUGAAGCAUAUCAGACUGGUCCCACCCAUAUGGGCAGUCCAGAUCCAAAAUGCCAGCAAGUUCUCUCUCCACGAGAGAUACAGCAACCCCAGACAAUCGUUUCAGCCUUGUUAGGCAUCAUCAGUGAGGCAUUGCUGAUAUCGUCUGGGGUUGCUGGAUCUAUCGUGGAGAGAGAACUUGCUGGCAUUUUGGAUCUGGACUGCCCGUAUGGGUGGGACCAGUCUCCUAUGCUUCAGAUAUGUUCUCUCUGUAAUGGCACAAGAUGAGCUAAAACCAGCUUGCGUUCUGAGCGGGGACCCACCGAAGGGCACGCUAUUUCAGCUGCUGUCCAUUCUCAGAAUACUCUUGCGACCCGUUUUUUGCUCUUCUUUCUGUAUGGUUUACCUCCCUUUGUUCAAUUUUUAAUUUAUUCACUGCAGUGAAAUUAAAAUACGAGACCGCUAUAGCUAAACCAUGAAUAUAGCUAGCUGACUUAGAGAAUUCGUCCAGUUCAGCUAUUGUGGACGAAACAUUGAACUUUGUUUAAAUUAUGAAAAAUUCAGUUUUGUGAAAAACUUUGUAUUUGUCUACAAAUGUCUGCUCUUGCUCCUGGAAAUAACAUUUUGAUACAUGUCGUUUUACAAUUUCCCCACCCAACGUGUCCUCCCCUAUGAUGAGACCAAAAGCCAUUAGUAAUAAUUUAGAUGCUCUUCUCUUUUCAUCUCUCCACAGCAUUGAGAAUUCGAAUGGCAAAACUCGGGAAGAAAGUCAUAUAGAAGUGUCACUUCUCUAAAGGACGAAAACCUUAAAAGUAUGGCCAAAGUGAAUUAUGUGUACUUCUAAUUACCAAGGAUCUUUCUAUGUUUUGUAUCGCUUUGUGGAUAAUAUUGGUGUUCAGGUGAUUGUUGCCUUUUUACUUUAAUAUAUCAGACACACACGCUGUGCCCUUCCCUCCGCAGUCAUUUUAGCUAUUUAAUAUGAUUUAAUAUGUAACAAACUUAGAAAGUGUUCCUACAUGUCUGUAAUAUUUGUUGCCAUUUUUAUAUGAUCGCUAUUAUAUCUGAAAGCUUGUCCGACAAGAUCUCACUUGCCUAUACAGUUUGGGUUCUUUACAAUGAUAUAACUGUGUAUUUUAAAAGCGAAUAUUUACCGUGUAAUUGUAUUGCUUAGAAUUUAUAUCAUGUAUCUAUAUGAAUGGUAAAAAAAAAAAUUUACAUUAUUUAUUAUUGUCGCGCAUUAACAUUCACUGCCUUUAGUAAUUAUCUGACAAAAGUAGGUGCUGUCUCCUACAAACUAUUUUCUAUCUAGUUUCAUAUACAGACCAAUGUUUUUUGCGUUUUAAUGAAUUUAACCCUUAGCUUUACAUUUAUAAAUGACAAUUAAGGACAACCCGUAAACAAUUGCUAUGGAGCUAUGGACUACAACCCCCAUCAGGUUAUCAUGAUGUGAGUUAAAUCCUGUGGAUAUUUAAAUUAGAUUAGGGGUUUAGGUGAUGUGAAAGUUCACGCGAAAAUAUAUUCCAAAACAACUAAGAUGGCAAAAAACCAAAAACAAACAAAACCUCUGCUGAGACUUUUUCUGUCUUUGUCAAUUUAUUAGCAGUUUAAAAGGCAUCCUAACCAAUGUGUUGAAAGCAACCUUUCAUUCUAUAACUUUUCAACAUGAGAAACAAGAGAGAUUAUUAACUAAACUCCAAAUUGUAACACAUUGGCACAUUGAAAUCUGGAAUUAGAGGGCUACUCAAAGCCUAUUGACCAGUAUAUUGAAUUAAAGUGGUUAUGGUGCAUGGAGUUUGUGUGCGGUGUUUCAUAUAUAAUGCUGCAUAUACAGUGAUAAUGAACAUUGCUGAUCGAGAUGUAAGCCCACAUCCAGUGUCAAUACUGCUAAUAAAUCUGUGUAUUACAUUGCUAUGCUUGCUGAUGAUGGAUGACCAAUGGUGUCAUAGGCACCCUCCAUCCCAUGCAGCUCUCAGUCCUCCCCCUGCAGUAAAGGAAAGUGAUCCGGCUGCAGGGAGAACUUGGCCUUGGUACCGGACCUAUGGUUAGCAAUUUUUUUUUUUUUUAACGUUUUUGGACCAUGUUAUCAGGGCUUACACCAACCAAAAAAGUGUUAUAAAUACACCGUGUUUGAUUGCUGUAACCCUUUAAGGCGUAAAUAUCUGACCUACAAAUAUUUGUAUAAUCGAAGCUUGACUAUAUUAACUUUGCUUUCUCCAUUUGAAUUUCACUGUUUGGUGAACAACCCUGAACGUGUUAAGAAUUACAUUCUAUCACUUCCAAUAUAUCGGCCUGAGUAAAUGAGAGAUAAUGUACGAUUAUACUAUACUGCUUGUUGCUUGCAUAUUUUUGCAACAAAACUGUCUUUCUGAGGGGGGGGGGGAAUAAAAAGUACUUAACUGUGCAAGAGUAACGUUUGCAUUUGCCUGUGAGCAUAACCUUUUGUACUCUUAAUAUGUUUUAUAAAAAUAUUGCAUUCAUAAACACAAUGGAAAAUAAUGUACUAUUUACUUUUGCUUGUGUUUUAGUGCCAGUGAGCGAUUUUAAUUUUUUUUUUUUAUUUCUGUAUUUCAAGAAUGUUUCAUAUAGUCUGAAUCGUGGUGCACAAAAGGUAGAUCCCAGAUGUUUUAAAACUACAGCUUCCAUGAUGCGUUGUCAUUCCAAAUGCAUUCUAAAGGCAUGCAAAGCACCAUGGGAGUUUUAGUUCUACAACAUAUGGAGCACUACCUUUUUGGCAUUCCUGGUCUAAACAAUAGGGUAUAUUAUUUAACACCCCUUAUUUGACAACCAAAGAAUGCAUGCUUUGCAGCAUUUGCUCUCUGUGAAAUAACUAGUUACCAGGGGCCAAAUAAUAUUUGAAACCGUAGCUCUCUCAGAACAGACCUACAGAACAGUAAUGGCUGGCCUCUGAUGUUAUUUGUAGUGUAUUGUAUUCUAGAUUACAUUCUCCAUGAUGAAGAGCCAAUCAAAUGGCUCCACGCUCCUUACUGUGCCAAAGAUUGCCUGUCAGUGGUAUAGAACCCGGUUUUAAAUUUGCAAGCUCUAUGCCUGUCCACAGUGGUGUAUCCUGGUUUUGGGCUGCCCUAGGCAGGACAAAACUCAGGCGCCCCCCAAUCCCCCCUGCGCGCGCGCCCCCCACCCAUCCCUUCCCCGCGCGCGCGACCCCCACCCAUCCCUUCCCCGCGCGCGCGACCCCCACCCAUCCCUUCCCGCCCGCCUUCUAAAUACACACACUCACUGACAGAUAUGCAUACACUAGCUAACAGAAACACAAACUCACUGACACACACACUCAGACACACACUCACAGACACACUAACAGACACACACUAACAGACAGACACACACACUCACUCACUAACAGACACACACACUCACUUGUGUGUGUGUCUGUUAGUGAGUGUGUGUGUCUGUUAAACAGACACACACUCACUAACACAUGUACUUUUUAAACCUCCCCCCCUCCAGCCCCCUUACCUUUGGGAGUGCUGGGGAGGGAAGGGGUUCUCUUUCUCCCUGGUGGUCCAGUGGCUGCUGGGUGGGCGGCAUUGGCG